UUGUUGAUUUUUAUAAUUUUACCAAAAAACUUAUUCAAUAAUGAAUUUGAAGGUAAUAAUUAUUAUUAUGAUUGGAUUAGUUUUACCUUGUUUAUCUGAUGAACAAUGGCCAAUAAUAACAACAAUUAAUGUGAUGGAUAUUCAAAAUGAUCAAGAAUCAAUUAUGAAUGUUGAUGAAAAAACACCAUCAACACUUAUAAUGACAAUGCAACCGAAUGAAGAAUCCGAAAUUCAUACAGUAACCGAAUCAUAUUUAUCAUCAAUAAAUACUGUGUCUAAUACAAAUGCAAUGGAACAAACUGUAACCGAUUUCGAAUCUACUGAUAGUCAAACUUCCAUUGUUAACAGAAUUAAUUCAAGCAGUCAAAUUGAUAAUUGCCUAAGUAAUCAAACAAUUGCACAAAUUGAGAAAAUAGUCGAAAAAAUAAUAACCAAUAUGAAAUUAUCAAUCGAUGAAUCGAAAAACGAAAAUAUUGCCGAAAAAUCGGAUGUAGAACACCAUAUAAUCUCAACUACCGUUGAUUCAAUCAUUUCAACCGGAAAAACAAAUAUCGAUAAUUCGCCAACAACAACAACAACAACUUUUUCAUUUGAAGAAAAUAUUACCGAAAAUUCUAAAUUACAGCAACAAACAACAGAUAUUUUUCAGGUAAAAUCAAUGAAUCGUACACGUGUCAAUAUCGCUGCUGUUAGUGGACAAUGGUUAACCGUUUGGAUAUGGUUAUUGUUGUUGCAGAUUGAAAUAUUAUUGAUAGCUUUAAUAGCUAUUUGUAUUUUAAUGCGAAAAAAUUUCAUCAACAAUAAUAACAAUAAUGAUGAUAGCGUUAAAUCUAUAUCUAAAUAUGAUUUUGCUUUUGAUAACAAUGCUCUUAUUAAUGAUCAAUCAGCUAAUAAUUUAGAAUCGGUGAAUGAAAAUUGUUCGUUUCCUUUAUCAUCAUCAUCAUCAUAUCAACCACCGGAAAUUCAACGUCAACGUCAAAUACAAAUGAAUCCAAAACGAGAAAGAUUUCAACGAAAAUUAUCCGAACCAUUAUCGACCGAAAAACCAGAUGUUUCAAGUAGUAAACAGUAUUGGCUUUGGGGUCGACCUAACACACCUAUCCUGAAAAGUGUUAUAAAUGAAUGUCGUCUUUAAUUUUUUUUUAUUUUUCGAAAUUUCAGAUUUUUUUCUAAUUGAAUUUAUUAAAAAAAAUUAAAUCAUCUAGCUAUUAAAUUGAAUAAAGUUGCUA